AUGGCUCGAUAUUGCAGAGUUCUUACCGGUUUACUAGUAUGGUCUCUUUUGAUGCUCUCAUGGUGCGAAGCUUCAAGAAACCGCAUUAGUGGAUAUGAUCAUUCUUAUGGAACGUUCAAAUCCAAUAGCUUAAUCAAGCAAAGAGACGAUACCACACGUUUUAAAAGUGUUGUAAGAGCCUCUUUGCGGCUUCCAAACACCGUUAGUGUUUUUGAUUUUGGAGCUAAAGGAGAUGGAAAAACCGAUGACACGCAGGCGUUCGUGAAUGCGUGGAAGAAAGCAUGUUCUUCAAGUGGAGAUGUUAAUCUCUUAGUUCCUGAAGACAAAACUUAUUUCCUUAAGUCUAUUCGAUUAAAUGGCCCAUGUAAAUCAAUUCUUACCGUUCAGAUAUUUGGAACAUUGUCGGCAUCUCAAAAACGAUCGGAUUACAAAGAUCUCAGCAAAUGGAUUACAUUUGACAGUGUUAACAGUCUAACGGUGGAUGGCGGCGCCACCGGAACUGUCAACGGAAACGGUGAAACGUGGUGGGAAAACUCAUGCAAACGGAACGAAGCUAAGGUGUGUGUGUGUGUGUGUGCUCUUACUUUCUACAACUCGAAGAAUUUGAGAGUGAAUAAUCUGAGGGUGAAAGAUGCUCAACAGAUUCAGAUUUCGAUUGAGAAAUGCUCCAACGUUCAGGUCUCAAAUGUUGAGGUCACUGCGCCUGGUGAUAGUCCUAACACCGAUGGUAUUCACAUCACCAACACUCAAAACAUUCAAGUCUCCAAUUCCAUCAUUGGAACAGGUGAUGAUUGUAUAUCUAUUGAAAGUGGAUCGCAAAACGUUAAGAUUAAUGAUAUAACUUGCGGCCCCGGUCAUGGUAUCAGCAUUGGGAGCUUAGGAGAUGACAAUUCAAAGGCAUUCGUGUCAGGUGUGACUGUCGAUGGAGCUAAGCUUUCCGGUACAGAUAAUGGAGUUAGGAUCAAAACUUACCAGGGAGGGUCAGGAACUGCUAGCAACAUUGUAUUCCAGAACAUUGAGAUGGAGAAUGUGAAGAAUCCAAUCAUAAUCGACCAAGAUUAUUGCGACAAGAGCAAAUGCACAGAACAAAAAUCUGCAGUCCAAGUGAAGAACGUGGUGUACCGGAACAUAAGCGGCACGAGUGCAUCGGACAUAGCAAUAACGUUGAAUUGUAGCAAGAACUAUCCAUGCCAAGGGAUUGUGUUUGACAGAGUGAACAUAAAGGGAGGGAAAGCAAGUUGCAGCAACGCUAAUGUGAUGGAUAAAGACAGUGUUUUGCCUCAAUGCAAAUCCACUUGA